CGAUCAUCUUUCAGACUGACUUGACCGAUCAUAUAAAAGAGGAUAGGAGAGGUAUUUAAAUAUCAGCUACCUUGGUGUAUAAGAUCAUUGAUGAAAUUUCCUAUAACUAUACAUAAACAUUCUCACAUCGUACUUACUAUUCAACACCGCCAAUCUUAUAAUUCAACUAGCUCAGAUUAAUUCACAGUAUCACCGCGCAGUAUAGUUAGUAGUAACUAACAUAUUCCAAUAAACCCAAGAUGCGCCCUCAACGAAUCCUCACCUCCCUCAUCAUACCCACCACAGCUGUGAGCCUUCCGACAAGCCCAGCCAACCCGCACACCAGUGAAUCUUCACCACCAGCACCGCGCCGCACCGCGCAAACCUGUGGGCUCUACAAAUUUGCCGAGGCCCCUAUAAACCCACCGGUGUGCUGGGCGUGGUACGCACAAACUUCGCAACCGUCCGACUACUGCGGCGCCAGCACUUUCAAAUCCGUCGCCUCUGCCUCAUCGCCAUCAGCAUCCUGGCUUGACUCGUGCGCCUCCCUACGCAACACCCAGCUCAUCUCGCCAAGGGACUUCUUCCUGGCGGACUAUGCUACUGACAAGUUCAAUACGCUCCUCAUGUCGGGCGAUUGCAGCUUCCAGGUCCAGCCUGCGACACCGCCGUCCAGUGACCAGGUUUAUGUUGGAGGCAGUGACGUUGCUGACAUCCUCGGGUCCGCCAUAGUCGCCAGUCGAAACACGGGUGGAGGUAUUGGCGUCGAGGGUAGCAUGACCUGCUCACCUGGUAUUGUACGCUGGAGGAUGGUACCUGUGUAAACGAUUAAUUCAACUUGCUGAUCAAGUGAAGACACCCCCCCUGGGCCUUAUUCGAUCCACCUUAGCCAGCCUAAAAUUCAAAGUGCAAAAGAAAGUACUAAAGCUCAGUAGUAUCAGUUUAGAAUAAUUUCUUCACGGCGCAAUAUUGACAAAUUCAACCUCAAUCCUUGUUCAUUCUCUUCAACAUGGGGCCGGCCACGCGAUCCAGUCACGAAUGAGACUUUCAACAUUGAAAACGAUUAAAUACUUUUGUAUUGCAGCAAAGCGCCU